AUGGAACGAGGCAAGAGUUUCACAAAAGUAGAAUCAACUAUGGACAUCAAACUGCAAGACGACGACAUGACAACAGAAAAGCAACUCGAAUCCAUCUCCCCUCAACCCUCGCACUUAUCAAACAAAUUUUCCAUCGAUGACAUCCUAUCCGGCAGCACCGGCACCACAAACCGUUCCAGCAACAACAUCGCCAACUUGCCAACUUCAGCCAUCCUCUUGAGAGCAGCAGCCCGCGCGAAUCGCCUUAAAGAAGAAGGUGGACCUUUCGGCUUUCCAAGGCCUCCCCUCUGUGUCCGGCCUACCCCUGUGGCCUUCCACUCCAGCCCCUUGUAUCCUGCAGCAGCGAGAACAGACGCCCUGACACUGGGUUACCUAGCACCAGCACUGGGGUUGGAGUCCGGCUCCAUAGCACCACCGCACCACACGAAUCCGGGAGAGGUUGGCCAGCAUGCCGGAUCAUCGUUUUCCAAUUACGCAGUGACGUCGGCAGCUUCUGCGCUCGGCAAUUACGGAACGUGGCUUGGCAGACCUCCUUUUUUCACACUAUCAGCCCCUAAACCUUCUGGUAGAAGACCGAGGAAGCCUGGUGUGGAACGGAAACCUCGGCAAGCAUAUAGUGCCAAGCAGUUAGAAAGGCUGGAAGCCGAGUUCAAGGUUGAUAAAUAUCUGAGUGUUAGCAAGCGAAUGGAGUUGUCAGCCGCACUAAACUUAACAGAAGUGCAAAUAAAAACGUGGUUUCAAAACAGAAGGACGAAAUGGAAAAAACAGUUAACAGCUCGAAUGAAAAUUGCUCAGAGACAAGGCUUGUGGCCCGCACACUAUUUGCCAUCGGGACACGCAUUCGGCCCUUUCCUAAGUACCUCAUACUGCCAGUUCACAUCGGCAGCCCUAGGCGACAACUUGGACAUUACUAGGGGUUCUGUCGGUGAAAACGGCAACACACCAACAGACCUAGACGACAACAAAUCCAUGGACGAUAAGUGA